CGAUCAUGUGUAGUCCACGCGCGAGACACCCAGCGUGCGAGAGGAGUGCGAGCUGCUGCUUUGUGACGACCGCGCGACACUCACAGAAAGUACACAGCUUUUAAUAGUCGUAUUUUAUUUAUUUGCUUGGAAAAGGACGGCUAAAAAAAAACAACAAAAAAAAACAAUCCAUAUGAAGAUUUGUUUUGACAGUUUCCUGCUGCUCCGUUUCGGGGCGAACAAGUGCGCCGCGCUUUUAGUUCUUGUCCGGAGUUUUAUGACUGGAAGAGUUGGCUAGACUUCAACCACCGACAUGAGGGCUCAAAUAGAGGUCAUUCCUUGUAAAAUCUGUGGGGACAAAUCAUCAGGGAUCCACUAUGGUGUCAUCACCUGUGAAGGCUGCAAGGGUUUCUUUCGACGCAGCCAGCAGAACAAUGCUAUGUACUCGUGCUCACGACAGAGGAACUGCCUAAUUGAUCGGACCAACCGUAACCGCUGUCAACACUGCCGGCUACAGAAGUGCCUUGCUCUUGGCAUGAGCCGUGAUGCGGUGAAAUUUGGUCGUAUGUCCAAGAAACAACGUGACAGCCUGUAUGCAGAAGUGCAGAAGCAUCAGCAGUCCCAGGAGUGUUCUGGGGGUGGUACCCAUGAGGAGAAAAGUGACACGGGUCUCCAUGCCCGCACCUACAGCAGAGGCUCGAGUACUGCACUCAGUGAUCUGGAUGACAUCACCACGCUACCCGACGGCCUGCUUUUUGACCUGCCGUUGACCCCAGAGGAUGCAGGUGGAGACUACUGCAGUCUGGACAUCAAGGGAGGCAGUGCGGGCAGCAGCUCAUCCUCUCAGAGCUCACCAGAGCAGACCAGCCUAGACUUUGGCGAUGGAAACCAUACCAUCAAGCAUGAGUACCAGCUGUUGCAUGACUCUGGACUCUUCUCACAUGCCAUUCUCAACCCACUACCUGAGGCCUACUCCGUGCUUGAGUUAGAGCGUAUAACCCAGAGUGUGGUCAAAUCCCACAUCGAGACGAGCCAGUACAGCGCGGAGGAGCUGAAGAGACUGGCAUGGACACUGUAUAGUCCAGAAGAGACGCGAUCGUAUCAGACCAAGUCAGCUGAGGUGAUGUGGCAGAAAUGUGCCAUUCACAUCACCAGUGCAAUCCAGUAUGUGGUGGAGUUUGCCAAACGCAUCUCUGGCUUCAUGGACCUCUGUCAGAACGAUCAGAUUAUCCUCCUCAAAGCAGGCUGCAUGGAUGUUCUUCUGAUCCGUAUGUGUCGGGCCUUUAACCCCAUAAAUAAUACAUUGCUCUUUGAUGGAAAGUUUGCCAGUCCUCAGCUUUUCAAAGCUCUUGGCUGUGAUGACCUUGUGAAUGCUGUGUUUGACUUUGCUAAAAGCAUGAGCCGCGUGCAGCUGACUGAGGAGGAGAUGGCUCUCUUCACUGCUGCUGUGCUGCUCACACCAGACCGCCCCUGGCUGACAGAUGUCCAGAAGAUACAGAGGUUGCAGGAGAAGGUCUAUGUGGCUCUGCAGCGCUGCCUACAAAAAUGCGGGGCACCAGAAGAAAAACUGGCAAAAAUGGUGUCCAAACUACCUGUAAUAAAGUCGAUUUGUAACCUUCACAUCGACAAACUGGAGUUUUUCCGUCUGGUUCAUCCCGAGACGGCGUAUACCUUCCCUCCUUUGUAUCGGGAGGUUUUUGGCAAUGAGAUCGCCUUCCCAGACUCCACGUAUGGCUAACAGUGUUUAACAAAAUAGAAUGAGAGUGAGAUUCAAAGUGGGACAUUGAGGUGCAGGGAGAGAACGAUAAAUGUAGCAACCAGCUGAGGCAAAACCAACAGCUCAAUGACAAUCCUGCACGCUACACUUUAGGACACACUCCUCCCACCUCCUAACUCCCACUCUUGUGGAGUAGGUUUCACCUCCCUGCAAGCCUGUCCAUUCUGCUACAACCCAACACUACAGGAACUCCUGCUGGGUACUCGGUGCAUGUUACCUACGUUUUCGGGAAUUAGAAGAUAUUGUUAAAUUGUAGCAUAUAUAAUUUUCAGUCUCAAAUAUUUUUAUGAGGUGACUUUAAACCAUGUUGAAUUUCUUAAGUGUUCUGCAGUUUCUGUAAGCUAUGGUUGAAUGUACCCCCUUUUCCCCCUUAUCCGUUCAGCAUAGGCCUAGGCUGGAUGUAGAAUGUACAUAUUUAAAAUCCAAACCCACUUUGUGGAGAUUUGCAGAAAAGAUGCCCGAUUCAGUUGUCAAUCUCAUAACACUAUGUUGUUCCAUUCAAUAUUUUUGGUAGCGCCCAUAAUGUACAGUUUUGGAUCAUACGAGAAAAAAACUGUUUAAAGGGACCAUGAUCAAACUCAGACUUGUUAAAACUGUAUGAAUCAUGUGUGCCGCCAUGCACCUACAAUCCUUUGCACGCAGCACAAACGAAAUAGCACUUAUGCUGAUUUUUAUAACAUGUAGGUACCAGCACAACCUCAGACACUGAUUAUGAGCUCUUUUAUUUUAUUUUUAUAUAAUUAAUGACCUCAGUCCAGAUGCCCUUUCCCUUUGAAAAUGCCACUUAUUGUAUGAGUGAA